GAUGCUGGAAUCCCAUCACAGUGCACCCACUGUCGAGUCUGAAGAACGAUAUGUCGAGCUUUUCCAAGAACAACUACGUGCUCUCCGAUACUAUUUCCGUCUUGUGGUGACAGGUGAUGGGGUUCGCGGUACGGCACUUGAGGGCAUUCCAGCUCGAUAUCCUUCCCACAAAGCAAAAUUGGCCAGCAAGCUGAAUGAAAUUGUGGGCGACCUUGCUUCUCAAAAGGUCAAGAAGAUCAUCCGGGAGCAGUGCUUUGAGCCUCUGCUGGACCUAGUCGUGGAGUUGAUAGUUGUCCUACGAAUACCCCCUGAUCAGCGUGUCUUGAUCCUUGACGGCAUGCCAGCCGAUGAGACAGGCUCUUCGUUACUCUGGUCAGAAUAUAUGUCGCUAGAGUCUCACUGCGAUGAUGCUCAACAUGCUGCAUACACAACGCACCCACGUCCACUAGCAUAGAGAAAGGGGGAUAUCCGAUAGCUGAUGCAGGUCCGCGAAUCAAAUAUAUUUCAUCAUAAACCUGAGCGCCUAGAAAAAAGAGAAAUGAUGCACUCCUCCUUUCUUUUUGAUUUCCCGGAGUUCGAAAUUAUCUCACUUAUGUCAUAACACGCGUACUCAAUAGGGAAGAGCUCGAAAUCUCAUUCGACUAAGCAUUUCAUGUUCUGCAUUGUACAGUAAUCUUUUCUCGGGUAAACUUUCCGAGAGAUAUCUCAAUCCUUGUUACACCCGGCUCCCCCCACCCUCUCAAUUCAAGAUGUCAUUCAUCAUCCCUUAUUUUCUCUUCCGAAUACUCCUUGCUCGGCCCUCUUGAACACCUCGUCUAGACUAUCACUCAGCUCUACGACGCACAUCUGGCGAAGGAGCAGCAGCCCGCACAAUCCUUUCUCGUUUCCCACUCGGAAGUUGACUCGAAGAUUGCCUUUCAACACCGCGAUGUUUCCGCGGUAAUCAUUGUCAUGUCCUGCGCGCAGUGAUGUAGACCGACUGUAAGGUGACGGUUCCGCCACUUUUCGUUCCAUAUUCCCCUCAUGUCCUUUUGACCUGUUGAAUCAUUUUUCGGACUAC